AUUAUCCGCGGAGUUAACAUUGGCGGUGUUUUCCUCAUCGAGCCGUUCAUCAAGCCCAGUCUAUUUGACCAGUUUCUCAUUCUAAACGAGGCUGACCGCCCAGUCGACGAAUGGACGUUUUCUGCCACACUGGGCAAACAGGAAGCGCGCAAGCAGCUCGAAGAGCACUGGAACACAUUUGUGACCAAGGAGGAUUUGGAAACCCUGGCUGAAUAUGGAAUCAACUGGAUUCGUAUUCCAAUCGGGUACUGGGCAUUCAACAUAACUGACGACGAGCCGUUUGUCGACGGCCAGAUUCCAUAUAUCGAGCGUAUGCUCGAGUGGGCCAGAGACAUUGGUUUGAAGGUUGAGCUGGACUUGCAUGGUGCCCCGGGAUCGCAAAACGGCUUUGAUAACUCUGGCCGCCGCGGCUCUCCCCAAUGGCUGCACUCCAGGACAAAUAUUGACCGCACACUCGAUGCCCUGAGUAAAAUGUCCCAGCUGGCCGCCGAGUGGGAAGAUGUCGUGUACGGAAUCCAGAUCAUGAAUGAGCCCUCACGCUGGAAGUGGCCGGCAGCCGACAUCUUCAAGUUCUACAACGAGGCAUACGAGCUUGUGCGUGGAAUAUCGCCGGAUACAUACUUUAUGAUCCACGACACCUUCCUCAGCCCCAACGACUGGCCGUCCUUAGUCAACACUACCUGGACUAACGCACUGAUGGACACGCACAUCUACCAGAUGUUUGACGAGUACGUGGUGUCCCUAGACGAAUCGGCGCAUAUUGACCUGGUGGCCAAGAUGGCCGAAAACAUCACUAUUUUUGACAGGUCCCAGCUUGGCGUCGUUGUCGGAGAGUUCUCGGCAGCCACGCACGACUGCACAAAGUAUAUCAACGGGCUGGGCCGCGGCAGCCGUUGGGAGGGCACGCUGGAGGGAAUGGACCGGCCUCACUGCCCAUUCGACACGUGCUCGUGCACUGGCGACUACGGCAGUAACUAUAAGGAGUUCUCGACGCACUAUAAGCGGUUCCUCAGGCGCUACGUCGACGCACAGCUGGCAAUAUACGACAGGGAGAUUCUCGGAUGGUUCUACUGGAACUUUAAGACCGAGGGCGCACCCGAGUGGGAC